AAUUAAUGAGCUUUCAAGAAAUCUCAUAGUAAAUAGAAGACAUGACCAAUUUCCUUGUAUUUUUUCAUUUUUACUUUGUAGUUAGAAUAAACUGAUGAUAUUUUACUCAAUGCUUCACCUACUAAUAGAGAAUAAAUUAAUCUUAUUAUUCAUGAUUAGAAAGUUAAAUAAAGAAUAAGUACAAUGUUAAAAUAAAAAGUAAUUUGUUUAUUAUCAUCAAAAUAGAAUAGAUAAUAUCCACAUUAAUAUUUGACUGUUGAAUUAUCAAGUGAAGACAAUUAUGAAAUUGAACUAGAUUAAGAUGAUAUCAAAUAAGUAACUAGAAUUUUAUAUUCUAAACCUAGGUUUGUGAAAAUUUUGGAGAAGUUAAAUAAGUCUAUACAAAAGUCAAUGGUGCUAUCAUUAUUAAAUUCAAUUCAGUUUUUGAUGCUUUCAUUGUCUAUAAACUAUUAAACAAACAUUAAAUCAAAGAAUUAGAUGUCACUAUAAAAAUAGAAUUCACUAGUCAAUAAGAUCUUCUAGAAAUCAUGGAAUUACAAGAUUCGAAUCAAUAAAAAUUCACUUGUAGAUAUGAUGUUUAAAUUGAUAAUGAUAAAGAUUUUCAAGUAGCUCGUAAAAUUAUUGGUAUUAAUAUAUUAUGUAUUUUAGGUGCAAAAGGAUGUAAUAUGAAAAAGAUAAUAGAUUAAUGUCUUUUUGAUUGUGAUACAAAGGAAUAAGAUUUGGUUAAAUUAAGAUUAAGAGGAAGAGGUUCUGGUUAUAAAGAAGGACCUGAAAAAAGAGAAUCUCAAGAACCUUUGCACUUAUGUGUAUCAUCUAAACAUAAUCAUCUAUUUUUAAGAGUAUUAAAAAUAAUUAUAAAAAAAGGCUUGCUAAUUAGUGGAACAAUUGUUGAUAAAAAUUUAUGAUGAAUAUAGAGUGUUUGGAUUAAGUAAAGGAAAGAAACAGUUAAAUUAUAAUAUAAAAAAAGUGUAAUAACCUUAAAAAUCAGUUAUAAAACCAAAUUUUAUGCCAGAAUUACCAAACUUUAAUUUUUCAAAUGUAAUAAUAUAUUAUUAAUGAUAGAAUCAAUUCGUUGAUUUUAAUAAUGAAAACAUGAUGGGUUAUUCAAAUUUAUCUAAUUAAUUAAUGUGA